AUGAACAAAAACGGAACAGCUAAAAUGAAUGAUAAUCAAAUUAGAGCAGAAGGUAGAAGGUUAUUUAAACGCUUCUAUAACAUUCCUGAUGGUGUUAAUCCUAAAACUCGUAGAAGUUAUUUAAAUGAAGCAAUAGAUUCAUAUGAAGGGUUUGACAUUUCAUCAGAAAGUGAGAGAUUAGCGAGAAUGUUAAAUGUUAAUAUUGAUUUCUAUUAUUGUGAUCCUCAACCAGAAGACGUGGACAUAAAUAAGGUAGACUUUCCAUUAGUGGAAUCAAUAAUGAUAGAUCCAGAAUUUGAAACAGUAAAUAUUUUAUUAACACAGAGUCCAUGUGGAAAACUUCACGCUGACAGAAUAACAGACGUUGAAGCACUCACCGGCUAUAAAGUUUGUCCAUAUUGUAAAGAAGAAGUUUAUUCUAUCCGUGAGGAUCCAGAAAGGAAAAACCAAAGAAGAUUUUUAAAGCAUUGUGAGAAAUGUAAAGAAAAUAAUGGAAGAUUAAUUCAAGACGUUCAAUUGCAAAAGACCCAGCAACCAUAUGCACCACAUAUUACGAAACAGAAGAUAUAUCAGUGGUUAUUAGCUCAUAAUUUGCAGGAAUAUUAUCAACCGACAAGAUAUUAUAUUACUUUUGACUUCGAAACAUUAGAGACUAAAGAAGAAUUACAACUUUCUGAGUGUGCAACUUUGAACGCUUACUUAAAACCAUUCAUGGUAUCAUCAACGGUUAAAUUAAAUGAUAAAACAUAUACGAGGAAUUUUUGUUUAACUUCGAAUGAUUCUUUUAUUUCUGACUGGAUUGAAUUUUUAUUUUCAACCUGUUCAUUAGUUGCUAAAUCAAAUAUGAGUCAAUACGAUGAAUUAAUGAAGCCGCAAACGGUGGGGACUUUGUCCCAUACAUUAAAUGAAAAACAGAAGGAAGCAUUUAAAGAACUUCUAGAUGAGGAAUUCAAUAAAGUGAAUAUCAUAGGUUUUAAUUCGGGAAAGUUUGAUUUAAAUUUAAUUCUUCGUGAUUUAAACACUGCAAAAUGGAAAAUAAAAUCAAUGCUGGGUUCAUCUUCACAAUUUAAGCAAGUCAUUGUAAAGAAAACAAACGCUCCAUAUGAAUUGAGAUUUAUUGACAUCAGAAAUUAUAUAGCGGGUGGGACAUUAGACCAAUUCACUCAAGAUUUCGGAAAUAAUAAA